AGAGGUUGUUGUAAUGGACUUGUGCAUUUGAAAGACAGAACUCUUAAGGAUGUCAAGGACAGGUCUAUAAUGAAUGGAAAGCAAGUUUUUAGGUUCAAAAGGACACAUCUUCAGAAAACACAGGAGCAUUAUCAACAACAUGGGGCUCAACAUCCUAGGCCAGGUAUUACAAUAUAUUUAGUGACUGAAUAGAAUUCAUGGACAGGGCCUCAAAUACUCCAUUAACACUUAAUAAAUGAACAUUGUAACUGCCUGUUUUGUACCCCAACCAUUAUGAAGCUGAACUGUAUAUACAUUGUCAUCUCUCUCUCUCUCUCUCUCUCUCUCUCUCUCUCUCUCUCUCUCUCUCUCUCUCUAAGAGAUUGCAAAAUGUUAACAAGAUGACUUUUUGUGAAAGUUAGAUUUUUUAGUGCCAAAAACGGAAAUAAGGCGGGUCAUAAAUAGUGCAGUACUUUUUGAUUUAAUCUACUUCUGUUGUGGAAGAUAUUGAUAUGAUCCCAGUGUGAGCGAGAUCUGAUUUUUUUUUUUUUAUCAAGUUUGUAAUGUAUAAAUAUCUUGCUUAAUUUUACUUCUAAACUUCCUUAUUAAACUUUGCUCUUUACCACCAGCAGCAGCAGGUGUGUGGUCAGUAAUGGUCAGCGUGACAGCAUAUUUAAACAACGUUCGCAACGGUUAAAAGAACAAACAAGCUGCAAUAAGAGAUCUCACCUCUGAGCAAACUAGUGCUUCACUGAGCUAAUGAGCUUAAUGAUCAAUUUCCAGCAGGGCCACAGCCCCUCUGUCGCUCCACCCUCCCUGCUUACCAGAUACCUUCUCAAUAAUAAGCAGAUAGAGCGCCUGGCACUGAGAAAGGAGCCAUGGACACCAAUUCAACAACACCCUAUUUCUCUUCUCGAUACUUCAGUGUCUCCGAUAUCAUUGUGAUUGUGGCUUAUUUUGUGCUGAAUGUGGCGGUCGGAAUUUGGUCCUCUUGCAGGGUGAGUCGCAACACCCUGAGUGGCUACUUCUUGGCCGGCAGAGACAUGACGUGGUGGCCAAUCGGGGCGUCUCUGUUUGCCAGCAGCGAGGGCUCAGGACUCUUUAUCGGACUGGCUGGCACGGGGGCAGCAAGUGGGAUUGCAGUGGCCGGGUUUGAGUGGAACGCUACCUAUGUUCUGUUGGCCCUGGCAUGGGUGUUUGUGCCCGUGUACAUAUCAUCUGGGAUAGUGACCAUGCCUGAAUACCUUGGGAGGCGCUUUGGAGGAGAUCGGAUCCGAAUGUACCUGUCGACACUGUCAUUACUGCUCUCUGUCUUCACCAAGAUCUCGACAGACCUAUACUCUGGGGCCUUGUUCAUCCAGGUGUGUCUUGGGUGGAAUCUCUAUGUGUCCACUGUUCUAAUGCUGGUGGUGACCGCUCUCUACACUAUAGCAGGUGGACUUGCUGCAGUCAUUUACACUGACACUCUGCAGACUUUUAUCAUGAUCAUUGGAGCCAUCAUUCUCACUAUUACAGCGUUUAACAAAAUCGAAGGCUAUCACAAUCUAGAGAAAGUUUACUUGAAUGCAAUACCGUCAAAGAUCAUCCCGAACACAACAUGCCACCUGCCGCGAGCCGACGCCAUGCACCUGUUCAGAGACCCGGUGGCAGGCGACCUUCCCUGGACCGGCAUGACCUUUGGCCUCACCAUCCUUGCAACAUGGUAUUGGUGCACUGACCAGGUCAUUGUGCAAAGGUCCCUAUCAGCCAAAAACCUGAGUCACGCAAAAGGUGGAUCUAUCCUGGCCAGUUAUCUCAAGAUGCUGCCCAUGAUCUUCAUAAUCCUGCCAGGGAUGAUAAGCCGAGCACUCUAUCCAGAUUCGGUUGCUUGUGUUGAUCCUGAGGAGUGUGUUAAGGUGUGCGGUGCAGAAGUGGGAUGCUCCAACAUUGCUUUCCCAAAACUGGUUAUUGAACUCAUGCCUAGUGGCCUACGUGGUCUCAUGAUCGCUGUGAUGAUGGCAGCCCUCAUGUCCUCCCUCACCUCCAUCUUUAACAGCAGCAGCACACUUUUCACCAUUGACAUCUGGAAGAAGUACCGCAAGAACGCCAGCGAGCGGGAGCUGUUGCUUGUCGGGAGGAUAGUCACAGUGAUCCUGGUCGUUGUCAGUGUUGUGUGGAUCCCAAUCUUGCAGUCCGCCAACAGCGGCCAGCUCUUUGUCUAUAUCCAGUCUGUGACAAGCUACCUCGCCCCUCCUGUGACUGCAGUGUUUGUUCUUGCAAUUUUCUGGAAGAGAACGAAUGAAUCAGGUGCAUUCUGGGGGCUGAUGGUGGGGCUGGUGAUCGGACUGACCAGGAUGAUCUUGGAGUUCAUCUACUCUCCUCCGCGAUGUGGCGUGUUUGACCCACGGCCAUCUCUCCUGAGGGGUGUCCACUACCUCCACUUCGCUAUCGUCCUCUGUUCGCUGACCGCUGGUGUGGCUGUGGUGGUCAGUCUGCUGACAGAGCCUCCCACUGAAGCACAGAUGAAAAACUUAACUUGGUGGACCCUGUCUGUAGAGAAAGCCACUCCUGAAAUCCAACUGCAGAAAGUGUCGUCAGCAAACGUGCCAUCGGAGCGAAGGAAAAACAGUUUAGAGCCAGAAGCCCAGGAUCGAUGUUGCUUGACCAGCCUCUUCUGCAACAUUCAGCCCCAACCCAAAGAAACUCCUAAACCCAGACCCAUCCACAGCACCUACGAGAACCCAUUCUGGUCGCGGUUCUGCUGCGUCAACGCUAUCAUACUCAUGUGUAUUAAUAUCUUUUUCUAUGCGUAUUUUGCAUAA